AUGAGUCGCUUCUAUUUCGGCGACGACUCGCGCUCAGCGUCCAGCGACAACGACAACGAAGACGAAGAUGACCCCUCCUCUCUCCCCUUUGCAACACCCCUUCGCCGAUCGGACUUCCUCGACUCGGAAUUUUCACCGGCAACAUAUCUCUCUACGCUCCACAAUCGACACCAAACUCUGGAAGACCUACGUUCAGAACUGCGCUCGCGAUCGCAGCUUCUGUCCAAAGAGCUGCUAGACCUCGUCAACAGUAACUACCAAGACUUCCUUAAUCUGGGUAACAGUCUACACGGCGGCGAGGAAAAGGUAGAGGAGGUACGAGUAGGGCUUCUGGGCUUCAGGAAGGAUGUCGAUAGCUUGGUUGGUGUGGUGGGGGAAAGAGAGGAGGAAGUAGGAGAAUUGUUACAAGAGAGGAGAGACACCAGGGAGAAGAUCGAGUUAGGAAGACGCUUAGUCGACUAUGAUGCUCGGCUUAAGGAAUUGGAGACUGAGCUUAUGAUCGAGACGGCGGGGCACGAGACAAUCAUACUCGGGGAAGAGGUCUCGGACAGCGAGGAUGAUGAAGAGGAAGAGGAAGAGGAAGAGGGCUACGGUGUGUCGAUUGUCAAGCUGAGGCGAAAUGUCGUGCAUUACCAAUUGGUGCUGGGGUUGCAGAAAGACUUGGGCGAGCAUCCGUUUGUGGCGGCCCAGGCAGCCAGAACAGCAAAAGUGCGGAGUACACUAUUGAUGGAUCUGAGUACUGCGCUGCAGCAGGCGAAAAGCGCUGGCGCUUCUGGCUCUGGUCGCGUGAUGAAAGUAACGAAGAUCUACGCCGACAUGGAGGAAUCUGCCGAAGCAGUCAAGGUCCUCAAAACACUCAAGUCGUCAUAG